AUGGACUCGCAUGUGUUUAUUGGUCCUAAUUUUAAAGAUUGGCUGAGAAAUCUGACAAUUGUUCUUAAUCUUGAAAAGUUAGCUUAUGUCUUAGAGACACCUUUACCAGCAACAGUGGACCCUGAUGCCUCUGAGGAAGAGCAAAGGGCUUAUGCUGAAUGGGUAGAUGCUGACUUACGAGUUCGUAGUUAUAUGCUAACAUCAAUGAACUCUGAACUUCAAACUCGAUUUGAGAACAUGCAGAGUGCCAUACGGCUUAAGGAGGGUAUUUCCCCAGAUGAUCAUGUUAUUAAAAUGAGUAACAAGACUGGGGAGUUACAAAUUAUAGGCACAGAUUUAUCGCAUAAUGUUCGGAUAUUAGAUUCUGCUGCAACUUCACAUGUUUGUGCUUGUUUACAGCAUCUGCAGAAUAGUUCUGCCUUGAGACGUGAUGAGAUCACACUGAGACUGGUAGAUGGGACAUGA